AUGGAGCAAAACUUGAAUUGUAAUGCUACAGGAACGGUUUGUCGGUUUUGUCUUUCAAAUAGUGAUGGAUUACAAAGUAUUUUCGAUCACGAAGCCAUUGAUAUUCCAGCUAUUGUGAAAAUGAUCACGAAUUUAGAGGUAUCUGAAAAUGAUCCUUUUUCUAAGGUUGCUUGUAAUCCGUGCAUUGGUAUUAUGAAGCACAUAAAAGAGUUCCGAGAGAAAUGUCUCUCAUCGUUCCAGAAAUCAGAACACAAGCUUCUCGUGUUCGAAGAAACGUGUCUUUCGAAAGAUGAACAAUUGCACGUGGAAUUUAUAAAAUGUGAAACGCCAGGAAAAGACAAUGGUUGUAAUAGUUACGAACAAGAGGACAUAAUUUCAAAUCGUACGGAUACGGAACAUGAGGAUGAUGAAGAACCCAUCAAAGUGGAUGACCAAAAUAAUCGGAAUGAUUGCCAAAGCUCAACUGAAUCUGUAAAAUAUAUUUUUUUUAAAUCUCCUAUCCACGAAAAAGUUGGAUGCACUAGUUGCAAGAAAUGCGGCGAAUAUUUUGCCGGGGGUAAACAAAUGUUGUCCUUCCACAUGAAAAGCGAUCAUGCUGAUGAUGGCGGAUUGCCCAAAAUACGGCAGUGUUUCUACUGCCCUAAAGCGUAUUCCUCAUACCAGCUGCUGAAGUACCAUUUAAACUUUCAUCCACAAAAAAUGUGGCAAUGUCCUCAGUGUGACAAGCGCAUCCACAACAAAGCCAUCUUCAUCGACCACCUUCGAAUACAUGCAAAUGAACGUUAUUACGUUUGCAAGGAAUGCGGCAAACGGUUUACAGCGUUGAAAUAUCUGUCCUCCCAUAGUCGAUUGCAUAAGCGGAAUAUAGUGAGCGAUAAAAUUGCGGAGACUUCUCAGGAAAAAAGGAUGCAAUCUGAUCAACUUACUACUGACACUGAAUCGAACAAUUUGCCCCAGAAACAAUCGCAAAUGGAUUCUAUGUACUCCCAUGAUCAUAAUAUAGAGGAUACAUCAUAUCGGACAAAAACUAAUAUAUCAGAGAUGUACGAAUGUGAGCUGUGUGGUAAAAAGCUAAAAACUAAAUCGAAUUAUACUAAUCAUCGUAAAAUGCAUACGCGAAAAGAUAGUAAUGGAAUGCAAAAUAUCGUACCCACAACUUGUAGUGGAAUUGCACAGCGAAGGGUGUAUCUUUGCAACAUAUGUGGCCAUAACUGUGGCUCUUCCAGCAAUUUGGGAGUACAUUUGCGACGCCAUAACGGGCAAAGCGUUUGUGAGUGUUCGGUUUGUGGAAAAGGAUUUCCCCGACGAUCGGAUCUUGUUAUGCAUAUGCGUAAGCAUACGGGUGAAAAACCUUUCAUCUGUACUACUUGUGGGCGUGGAUUUUCGCGGUUGGAUAAGUUACGUAUUCAUAUCCGUACGCAUACUGGGGAAAAACCGUACAAAUGUCCUUGUGGUCGAGCAUAUUCACAGAAAAAUGAUCUUAAAACACACCAAAAACGUAACAGUUGUGGGCAAAAUUUUGAUAUCACAAAAUUACAGGCUUCGUACCCACGAACGAUUUGCAUAAAAUCACCAAAACACACGGAACCUGAUGUUGUCAUUGAAUCACAUACACAAAAUGCAAAUGAACGUGAUCUAAAUUUAAUACCGGUGGCAUAUUCAGCUAGUGCGACAUCGUCUGAUAUGUUGGAGACGGAUUCGGUGGUAGAUAUGAUGUUUCCAGUAAAUUGGAAUAGUUGCAGUUCAGUGCAUGAGUUCCAGAGUCAAAAAUAG